CUGCACCUGAGGACACCUUUAGCUUUAUUUCCUGAUCUCACAGCCUCUCCUGCGGUGCUGUCCCAGCCAGUGGAUCAGGGAGAAAUGCAGCAGACAGGACUCACCCUCAUGACCUUGGCUGUCUGUGUCGCUCUUAGAAACUCUGAAGCCAUACUUCCCAUUGCUUCCAGCUGUUGCACUGAGGUUUCACAUCACAUUUCCAGAAGACUUCUGGAAAGGGUGAAUUCAUGUCGCAUCCAGAGAGCUGAUGGGGACUGUGACUUGGCAGCUGUCAUCCUUCACAUCAAACGCAGGAGAAUCUGUGUCAGCCCACACAAUCACACCAUUAAGCAGUGGAUGAGAGCACAAGCAGCCAAGAAAAAUGGCAAAGGCAAAGUCUGCCAGAAGAAACACCACCGGAGGAAAGGCAAAGUGGUGCACAGGGGUAAACAGGAAGCACGUGGCCUCUGAACUCCUCAUCACAGAGUUUGCAGAUGUUUCCACAUAGGGGAUUCCUCAAGGCGCUUGGCUGUGGUUGGUUAUAAAUUUAUCAUCUGAAUUUUUCUUAUGGAAAGCAUACAGUGCAAAACAAAAUGUUGUUCUUUUUGUAAAUGAACCACUGCAUGGUAUGGAAAGGUAGCCAGUAAUACACUAACCAAAAAAAAUGAAAUGAAAAUUUAACACUCAUCUUCAUAUGACAUGUGAAGAGGAGCAUACAGAUAUAAUUUCUACAACUUUUUUAUUAUAAAGUUUUCUUAACCUACAGAGUAGUUGAAAGAAUGUACAAGGAACACCUGUAUAACCUUCACCUAGAUUAAUCAUUGUUAAUAUGUUGCCACACUUGGUUUCUCUCUGUUCUUUCUUUCUUUGUGUAUAUAUGAAAUAUUAUAUAAAUAUGUAACUUUUUGAUAAAUCAUUUAAAAAGAAGUUGCAAACAUCAUAACUCUUGUUUUAGUCCAUAUUCCUGUUACUAUAAUAAAAUACUUGAGACCAGCUAAUGUCUAAAGAAUUUUAAAAAGUUUAUUUGGCUUAGGAUUCUGGAGACUAGGAAUUCUGACAAUACCUCUUAGUAUCUGGAAGACUUUUUUGCUGCAUUAUACUAUACCUCCCAAAGACCUCGUCUGAUAUUUAUCAGCACAUGAAUCUGAGCAUCAAAUUUCCAACACAUGAACUUUUGGGGGACACAUUUAAAUCAUAGCUAUCCUCCACUCCUAAUUUCUUUUUAAUGUUAUAACUUGGCAUCCACAUGAAUAAAGAUAUAUCCUAUUUUUUUUAAUUACAAUAUUAGUUUUUAUACCAAAAAUUAAUAAUUUCAUCAUAUUUAUGAGUAUGCACAUGAAUUUAUAUAUCUAUAUAUCUAUAUCUAUAUCUAUAUAUAUAUAUUCCAUAUUCAAAUUUCCCCUGAUCAUUUAAUGUAGUUUUUUUUAAAUCCAGGAAUCAAUUAAGUUUCAAAAGUUUCACAUACUGCAAUUAAUUGUUGUUGUUGUUGUUAUUAUUAUUAUUAUUAUUAUCUUUCAAUCUAAGGAAAUCCCUCUAUUUUGUCCCCCUUUAUUUCUUCAUGGCAUAGAUUUUUUUUUUUUUUUUUGGUACUGAGUAUUGAACCCAGGAGUGCUCCAUCUCUGAGCUACAUCCUCAGCCCUUUUUAUUUUAUUUUGAGACAGGAUCUCACUAAAUUGCUGAGGCUGACCCCAAACUUGUGUCCUCUUGCCUCAGCCUCUGCUGGGAUUACAGGUGUGUGCCACCACACCUGGAUGGUAUGAACUUUUAAAAAAGACUCUAAACCAGCCUCUGUUUCGUGUUCUGGGUUUAUCUGGUUGCUUCCUUAAGAUCAGGUUUGGAUUUAUAAUUUUUGGUAUAAGUUUCCUAUGUGAAUUUCUGUACUUAUUAUGUCAUUUAGACUUUAUAAACAUUGGUGUUUGUUUUCUAAAUAGAAAAGUAUAUUCUGAAUAGUACUUUAUUUUUAUUUGUGUGUGUGUGUGUGUGUGUGUAUGUAAGAGAGAGAGAGAGUCUGGAGUUCAGACCCAGGGCAUACUACACAAACGCCCUCCACUGAGUUACACCCCAGGCCUGAAGAGUACUUUAAAAUGCCAGUUUGAGUAGCUAUUGCCAUUUGGAUUGAUAAAUUCUGAUGCUGGGGGGCGGGAACUCUGCUUGACUCCCCAGUACUCCAUUGUUAGGAGUCCAGAGUUUCCUCCUGUGCAGUGAUUUUUAUACCUUAAGUCAUUUUCCCCCUCCUCACUCACUUUUCCAUCACCUUGUAAGUUGAUUCCCAUUGUGCCACUCCUUUUUUGGCAGGGAAUAUACUUAUAGCCCAGUUGUCACAAACAGCCAUUAGAGAGCUGGAGCUGCUGUAUCAGGCAUCUUGUGUCCUGGGUGUCCUGGGCCUGCCUACUGACUGGCCCGGGGCAGUGUUAUUACAGCAACCUUGCUCUCAACCCCAUCAUCAUCCUGAUGAUUGACAGGCGUUAGUCCUGCUGAUUGUCCGUUGGCACCUGAUUGAUGUUUCUUUCCCUGGCGGUCUGCUUUGUUCUAAGUCACCGCCACCGACCAGACAAAGAGUAACUUAAGUCACGAGUUUUAAAUUAAUCACAAUAACCAACAUGAAGGAAAAAAGAAAAAAAAUGGUGUCUAAUCUUUUCAACCAACAAUUUAAGGUAUUUUCAUUUGGUCUUGAUUUCUAGUCCAGAUCUAUAAGUCUACACAAUGUUGGGGUAUCUAUAAAUAACAGUAGUUUAUAUGAUUAGAUAAAUAGGUAGGUAAGUAAGUAGGUAGAUAAAUAGAUAGAUAAUUUUUUCAGUACUGGAAAUUGAAUCCAGAAUCUUACACAUGGUAGGCAAGUGCUCUACCACUCAGCUAUAUUCCCAACUCUUUUUUUUUUAAUUUUUUUUUUAUUUUGAGACAGGUCUUGCUAAGUUGCCAGGCUGGAUGUAAACCUGUGAUCCUCCUUCCUCAGCCUCCCAAGUAUCCGGAUCACAGGUGUGCACCACCAUACUUAGUUAUUGGAUAUAUUUAAAAAACAGAUUGCUAUGGUUUGGAUAAGUGUCCUCAAAAAGCCAUAUGUUGAGGUCUUUGUCUCCAACCCUCUAUUGAGAGUGAUGAAACCUUCAGUGGGUGGGUCCUAGUGGAAGGAUAUUAAGUCACUGGGGGUGUGACCUUGAAGGAGAUAUUGGAACUCCUGUCCCUUCCUCCUUCUCUUUGCUUCCCUACCUCCAAGAGGAAAACAGCCUUCUCCACCACGUACUGUGGUGUGCUGCCUUAUCACAGGCACAAAGCAAUAGACCAACUGAGCAUGGACUGGAAACUCCCCAAAUCAGGCCAAAGUAAACCUUUCCUCCUUUUAAGUUGAUUUAUCUCCAGUAUUUGUUACAGCAACAGAAAACAUGCUGAUUUUAUGUUGCAAAUGACUGAACCUUUGUCUGAGGACUGUGUGCACAAGAGACUAGAAUUUUAAAAAUUCCAACUUACAGGUUAACAUAUAUGCUUACUAAAACAUUAUUGUGUCACUGUUACUGCAUUGUGUAUUAUUAUUGUGCUGAGUAAAUACUGUUACUAUCCUGAAAUACUGUAUUACGAUUAAAUGACCCAGGUUAACACUCUAAGUUUUCUUUUUUAAAAUUGCAUUCUUAUUACACUGUAUUAAAAUUACAUGUUUAACAUUAAUUACAUUUUUAUUAGGUGUGUCAUGAAAAAAAAUCAAACGGAUAGCAGAAUUU